GUUUGGAACUUUAUAUAGUAAAUAUAUGGAGAAGGAAAAGAAGUUGAUCGAGAAUCGAAAUGGGGGUUGAAGGUUUCGGGGAGAAGGUGCAGAGCAUUAAUGUGAGACGGACAGACAGUGUUAUAAGGUUUGUGGCGUUUGCUCUGACGGGGGUGGCUGCCAUAGCUGUGGGAUUGGACGUGCAGACCACGGCUGUCAGCGUCAAAAUCGUUCCCACCCUCCCGCCGGUUAACAUUCCGCUCACUGCUAAGUGGCAACAUCUCUCUGCCUCUGUGUACUUUGUGGUGGUCAAUGCAAUAGCAUGUGCAUAUGCAGUUGUUUCAUUGGUCUUCACACUCGGAAACAGGAAAAAGAACAAUGCCGCCGCCACGUCUUUAAUGAUCAUCGUCCUCGAUGUUACCAUGGUGGCGCUGUUGUUUUCGAGCUGCGGAGCCGCCGGGGCUAUCGGGCUGAUGAGUUACUACGGGAAUGCGCACGUGGGGUGGAACAAAGUGUGUAAUGUCUUCGGGAGAUUCUGCAUCCAAGCGGCGGCGGCAUUCGCAAUUUCAUUGGCCACCUCCAUCUUGUUCUUGUUCCUCGUCUUCUUUGCUGCAUUAAGCCUUCACAAGAGACUUCCUAGCUAAUAAUAAUACUCCACCUUGUUCUUGUUGAUCUUCUCGGUUUGAUUUAAUUUGUAGUGUGAUGGAGUGCUGACUCUAAUUCUACAUGCAUGUAAUAGGCUAAUUAAGUCGUGUUAGGACUUAAUUCAGUAAUUUACUUAUCUUUUUUUAUUCUUGAUGCAUACCAUUUGAAAAUUAUAUAUAUAAAAAAAGCUAAAGCUGUUAGUUUUA